UGAUGGCCGCGGCCGGAGAGCACGUGUGUGGCUGCCAGCGGGGUCCAAACAUGGAACAGGGCAAAUGGUAUGGCGUCCGUUCGUAUCUGCACCUGUUCUAUGAGGAUUGCACUGGCAUCCAUUCGGAGGAGAGUUUUGAAGACGCUGCUACGUCUCCUGCCAAGGGUGGCUGGAAACCAGUCUUCUGGAAGGUGACUCUUUCAACCGCGACUCUGCUGUUGCUGGCCGGCCUGGCGGCUCUAGCCACGGGGUCCCUCCUGCCCUCCAAGUUGGAAGACAUCGGUGACACCGAGUUUGUGGUGCUGGACCAGCGAGCCGUAGAGUACAACGGUGCCCUGGGCAUCUCCCGAGCCGUCGGGGUGGUGCUGUGCGCCGUUGCUGGGGUGCUGUUGGUAGCCUCGGUUGUACUGUCCAGGUUGAGCAGAAGGAACUGGAUUGGCGAAGAUGGCAAGGAAGAGCAGCUCUCUCCCAUCUUGCAGGAGAAUGGUCCCCAUCCGUGGGGUACCAUCGUCUCAGCGGCCCCCGCCCCUUUCCAAGUGUCCUCGGUGCAGGGUAUCCAGCCAAAAAGAGAGAUGUGAAUUCAGAUUCACCAAAAGUACUCUUAAGGCCCGAAGUUUCUCGACUUUCAAAAUCGGUGGACUUCAACUCCCAGAAUUCCCCUGGGGAAUUCUGGGAGUUGAAGUCCUCCUAUCCACAGCUGCGCGCAGGUGGAAAACUGUCUCCCACCUCCAGAGACAGAUGCUUGGU